AUGACUGUUGGUGAUUUUGACGCGAACAAACAAUUAGAUGUUGCUGUUGCUGAUUCAGAAAACGAUCGAGUAUUUAUUCUUCUACAAUACGAGAAUGGAAAAUUUGGUAUGAAAACUACAUAUGAAGGAAUAAAAGGAUCUUAUCCAUUCUUUAUUGCUGUGGCUUACUUUGAUGAUGACAACCAAGUAGAUAUUGCUAUAGCCAACUAUGGUGCUAAUAAUAUACUUGUACUUAGUCAAUAUGUUAUGACACCAUCAGCAAGACAAAACGGAUUAUAUUAUUUAUUGGUUAAUAAUUUCAAUGAUGACAGUUUACUUAUGCUAACUGGUAAUGCUGAUGGAAUUUUUCAGCGAGCAGCAACAUUUUCAAUGGGAUAUAGAUCAGCUCCAAUUUAUCUUUGUAUUGGUGACUUUAACAACGACAAUCGAAUGGAUAUUGUCACAGCUAAUUAUGGAUCUGAUAGUGUAGGUAUUCUUCGUGCCCAAGACAAUGGAACAUUUUCUAAUGUAACAACUUACUCUAUGGGUCACGGUUGUACACCGUGGUCAGUGGCUGUUAGAGACUUUAAUAAUGAUAGUCGAUUAGAUAUUGCUACUGCAAAUCGCAGAUCUGGCGGUUUAGGUAUUCGUCUUGGACAUGGCAAUGGGACUUUUGCUAACGCAAUGACCUACUUUACUGAUAUUAUUAUUGAUCCGUAA